CAACUACACCUUUACCUUCACCAAAAAUGCCACAAAUAAAAGUUCUUCAAGAAGAAAAUGUUGUUUUAAAUAAUCAGGAUUCACCAUCAACUACACCUUUACCUUCACCACGUUUCGCUCCUAGGAACAUUCCUAAUAAUAAUUUGAAUUAUGAAGGUCGUGUAACUGCUGCAAAUACUCCAGCUCCGACACCUGUUAUAAUAACCCCUAAAAUUACAAUUGAAGAUAGCGAUUUGGAUGAUAGUGAUCUUGACCAAGAAGAAUCCUUAAUUUCGUAUAGAUCAUUUCGUAAUAAUUCAGCAAAAUCAUCAUCAUCAUCAUCAUCAUCAUCUGAUCCAUCAAAACCUGCAGAAGCUCCUACUCUUAGAGUUGAUUAUUUUAGAUCUGAUACACCCGAUACACCUUCGGAACAGCUGAGCGCAAAUGAAAGCGAAGACAUUAGUUCUGAAGAUGAAUAUGAAAAUAAAAUUGAAGUAAAGGAUGAUUGUGAAUCUGAAGCAUCACAGCCUAGUAGAUCUGCUAACAAGAAAAAGGAUCAAAUUCUUGCGAUUGAUGAAUAUGGGUUCGUUUAUGACAUUGCCGAAGAGGAUAUUCCUCCAGGAGCUGAUAGAAUUCAAAGAAUUAUUCAAGCGCCGGGCGCAGAAGAGAAAACUACGCGUACAAUCCGGUUAUAUCGUGAACGUGAAGCGAAAUGGGUCGCUCUCCUUGGAAGCAUGGAUCCUGUUUUGUCCAGAGACUCUAGAAAGAUCAAGAAACUGGUUCGUAGUGGAAUUCCAGAAUCAGUUCGUGGUAAAGCGUGGCAAUUUAUGGCUUGUGCGGACAGAUACAGGAAACCUGGAGUUUUUGAUGAUUUACGAAAUAGAGAAAGACUUCCUAUUUAUGAUGAUAUUGAAAGAGACAUUAAUCGGUGCUAUCCAGAUCAUAUUCAUUUUCUUGGAGAGUCUAGUUUUGGGCAAGAUGAUCUUCAUAAUGUCUUAAAAGCUUAUGCUCAUUACAAUCAAGCAGUAGGAUAUUGCCAAGGAAUGGGACGUUUAGUUGGUAUGAUGUUGAUGCAGAUGCCAGCUGAAGAUUCUUUUUGGUUGCUUGUUGCAACUAUUGAAGAAUAUAUGGUCGGAUAUUUCACUCCAACCUUAUCUCAAGUUAAAAUUGAUUCGAUAGUUUUUGAAAAAUUGUUAUUUGAGCAUGAUUCCAGGUUGGCACAACAUUUGGCCUCUAAUGGUGUUGUUCCAAUUAUGUAUAUGACUCAAUGGUUUAUGACAAUUUUUACUAUGGCUUUACCAUGGGCUUCAGUUUUACGAGUUUGGGAUAUAUUUUAUUUUGAAGGGGUAAAAUUAUUUUUUAGGAUUGGAUUAGCUAUUUUGGAUUGUACAAAAGAACAUUUACUUAAAAAUUGUCCAACAAAUGCGGAGUUACUUGGAUUUUUAUUACAUAUACCACAUGAAUUAUUAACGCCAGAUUUAUUAUUAGAAACAGCAUUCAAAAUUCGAUUAAAGCGUAGUGCAAUUAGAAGAUUAACUAAAAGAGCUAACGCAAUGGAAAAGAAUAAUGAAGGGUCAGAUGCUUCCGCUACUGCUGCAGGUAGUAUUAGAGAGACAAGAAGGGGAUUAAUGAAGAAAUCUAAAAGUGUUGAUAAGUUAAAGAUUGAUGGAAUUGAAUUUAAAUUAGUUGGAGAAUAAAGUUUUAUUAUAUUUGUAACAUUUUAUCAAAAAUCAUUUUUAACCAUUUUUUUUUAUUUUCGAAUAUCUCAUCCCUUCCUUAUAUUUUAUAUAUUAUUAACAAUAACCCAAUGUAUAGCUUAUCCAUAGUUUAAAAUAGAAAGGAUGACGAUAUUUGAAGAUUAGGAAAUAGAUCGAAAGAGAAUGAUUGGUUAGAAAAAAAUUUUUUUGUGUUUAAUAUAUUAUAUAAUCAUGUUGUGAUGUACAUAAAAAAUUUUUUUGGGGCAAUUCGGGGAGGGGACAUAUUAUUAUAUUAUGAAUAAAUAUUUUUUAUUUAAUUUAUUUAUCACUUAUUUUGGUACUAAAAGAAUAUAUGAACACGGGAAAUUUUUUUU